UCCUCUUGCCUCAGCCUCUGGAGUAGGUGGGAUUACAGGCUCACCACCACGCCAGACAGACGGUGCAAUUUUAGAUAUUGUGGUCAGAGACUUCACUGAGAAGGUGCCAUCUGAAUAAAGACCUAAAGAAUGUCAGCUCCUUGAGGGCAAGGACUUUUAUCUGUUUUGUUUGAAGUUGUGUCCCCAGGAAUUAGAACAGGGCCUGGCUCAUCGUAAGCUCUCGGUAAUUGUUGAACGAAUGAAAGGAGGUUAGGGAGGGAAUCGUGGAUAACUUGGGGGAAGAGUGUUUAAGGCAGAGGAAACAGUGAAAAGUGAAAAGACUCUGAGGUGAGUUCCUGAAACAACAAAGAGACCAAAGUGGCUAGAGCUGAGUGAGCCCCAGGGAGAGAAGAGACAGACAGCUCAGAGGGAUAAAAGAUAUCCCUGGUCUCAUUAUAAAGGCUUCGGCAUAAGUCAGUGAAAUGGAGAGCCACUGCGGGAUUUUGAGCAGAGAAGUGACCAGAAUCUGACUUGUGUUUUCAUAGCAUCAUUCUGGAUGAUGUUGGAGAAUAGACAGAAGGAGGCAAGUCCAGAAGCAGGAAGACCAAUUAGAAGUCCCCUCCCUCAAUGAAAUAAUCAAUAUUAGUGCUGGGCACUGUGCAAACUGAAAUGGAUAAAUUCGGGAACCUACCCAGUACAGUGACUGUUAAAUUCUGCAGUGCAUCUUAAUCUCCUGAAAUACUUAGGUUUUAAAAAUGCAGAUUUCAGACCCCACCCCCACCUCCGAAAAAUCCUGAUUUCAUGGGUUUGGGUUGUGGGUGUUGGGAUCCUCCUUCCCCACCUGUGAUUCUGAAGCAAGCGGUUCCUGAACUCCAGUUAGAGGCUCACUGGCGCUUAAUAAGCAUCUGAUGAAUUAACAACGGAUACGGACUUUCCCAGGGUUGAAUGUGUUGGAGAAGGAGGAACUCAAACAUGACCAGGAAGAUCUUCACAAAUACCAGGGAGCGGUGGAGGCAGCAGAAUGUCAACAGCGCCUUUGCCAAGCUGAGGAAGCUCAUCCCCACUCACCCUCCAGACAAAAAGCUGAGCAAAAAUGAAACGCUUCGCCUAGCAAUGAGGUAUAUCAACUUCUUGGUCAAGGUCUUGGGGGAGCAAAGCCUGCAACAGACGGGAGUGCCUGCUCAGGGGAACAUUCUGGGGCUCUUCCCUCAAGGACCCCACCUGCCAGGUCUGGAGGACAGGACUCCGCUUGAGAACUACCAGGUUCCUUCACCUGGCCCAAGCCACCACAUUCCUUAGUGUGGCUCUUGGCUGUCAUCUCCCAGGGCAGCACUUGCUCAGAAGUCACUGCCUGUGGACAGACGUUUGCAUGUUCCAGAGCUGACUUGAUGAUAACUUGUGAAGCAUGAAUUUUAGCUUCCUGGGAGGUGGCUCAGGCACAGCUGCAGGGAGCUGAAAAGAGCCAUGAGGAAUGUCACUUGUGGGCUGUCACCCCCCAAGAUGUCAGGUAGAGCCGCCUACCUCUGCCUAUUUUAAAUCCAGGUUCUGAAUAAGACUUUUGGAGAAAAAAUUCUAAGUUAAAAAAAAAAAAAAGGUUGAAAAUCACUGUUUACUCAACGUCUUCAGUUAUAAGAAAGAAGUUUUCUCAUAAUGGAUCUCAGAUGAAUAAGUAGAAUAUGCUUCCUUCAGAACAUAUUUUACAGUUUGUUUUGAAAAAUGAGAUUUGAUCAAGGGUGAACAAAAUAAAUUUAAGAUUGAUGGGCU